GGUUUUCUGUUGUUGUCCUCUGUCCCGGCAUCCUGCACCCCUUCCAUUCUCCUUUUCUCUCUCUUCCCUUCUCUUUCUCCUCCUUCCACUUGCGCUCCCCGCAGAGUGGCACUCGUCCUGGACAGAGUCCCGUCAGGUCUGCAGCAUCCGCCUCUGGGGAGCUCCACGGAAGCCAGGAACCAUGCUGACGGUUUUGGCGCUGGCGUCGGUCGUCCUUCUGGGAAUAGUGCCUGAACAGUCCCAGGCCAUCGUGAUUUACACGGGCUGGGAGCGCCACGCCUUGCUGGGCUCGGACAUCCGGCUGUCCUGUUCCUUCUUCUCCUGGCGCUGGACCUCGGAGGACGUCACCUUCUCAUGGACGUACAGGCCCGACGGCUCGCGGAACAGCAUCUCGAUCUUCCACUACACCGGCGGCGUGGCCUACCUCGACAACAAGGGGCCCUUCAGGGACCGGCUGGAGUUCGUGGGGAACCCGGGUCGCCGCGACGGCUCCAUCCUGAUCAAGAACCUGGACUUCAACGACAACGGCACCUUCACCUGUGACGCCAAGAACCCCCCUGACAUCGUGGGGCGGCCCUCCAGCGUCCGCCUGCUGGUGUUUGAGAAAGUGCCCAUUCAGGCCGGCGUGAUCACGGGGGCCAUCAUCGGCGUGGUGCUGGGCCUGCUGGUGCUCAUCGUGGUCAUCUACUACCUGAUGAGGUUCCUGGUGGCGCGGCGUGUCUUCAGCCUCAGCGUCAGCAAACAUGGGAAGAAAAAGAAGGAGGGAUCGCAGCAGAGACAGCUCUGGACACCACCCCCCCUCACUUGUUACCCCCUACCCUAAAAGAACUCAGUUUCUACCUCCUCUUCUCUCUGUGUCUCCUCAUGUCUGACCCCUCGGUUCCCCCUCUUCCUCCUCCCCUCCAAGGUGUUUUUCUCUUUCUUCACACAGCUCCGUGUGUCCUGCUCGCCCCCAUCGCUCAUCUUCCCACCUCUAACCCACCUGUGUCACCCGCCUCCCCGCCUCUCUCACUCCUUUCCUCCUGAAGUGACGCUCCUCCCCUGUUCUCCCCCCGACCCCCUCUCCCCCUCCUCCCGCCACAGGGCCCCACGCCUCCCGCCGACCCCGCCAAGGUGAAGGCGGCCGCCUCGGAAAAGAAGAAGCAGGAGUCGCGCAAGGAUAGGAAAUAGGAUACGGGGAGGGGCUGGGGCGGGCUCGCCGGCCGGCUGCUCCAGCCCGUGCGCCGGGCGCUGGCGGUGGUGGCGACGAAGGCCCGGCCUGCGGCGCAGCGGCAAACCGUAGUCAGGAGGACGGGGGGGACCGGGGAGGAGGGAGAGGGACGGGUACUGAUGACCAUCGAACUGCAGCUGACCCGCAGCGGCGGGGAGGAGGGGUCCAGCGGCGAGGGAGGGACCGGCAGGUCAGAGCCCCGAGGCCUCUUCUCCCGCCUCGCCAAUCAGCUCACCUUUAAAUAACAGACCACCGCAGGAGGGGGGGGGAGGGCCGUGCAGGAUAAAGGAAGUCUACCGAGGAGGCAGGAGGAAGAGAGUUACACCACCAACCUACUUCACACCACGAGUGCCCGAGCAAACGGCUCCCGUCACAGACGGCAGACGCAGCUACUGUACGUCGGCCGAGAUCUAAGAUGUCCUGAUAUUCUCUUACACCUGUCGCCCCCCCGCCCCCCCGGCGACUUUUGUUAGGUCAUAAGAUAUGCCAUUUGAAGCGAGACCCUAAGACGGUGGAGUUUGAUAACAAAAUCUGCAAAGCUGCUCCCCAGGUUUUGCCUCUCUGGUUCCUUUCAUUGUGAUCCACCUGGGAAAGAAAAAAAAAAAAAAAAAAAAGGCUUUCUCCAAGUGAGUCAGAUACGCAUCACGACUACCCGGCUGCGGGGACAAGCCAAUUUGUUUUUUCUUUUUUCUUUUUCUCCUUCCAGAGCUGAUAUGUCAAACCGCAGCUUUCUCUCCUGGCGCUGAUCCUCCCUCUCUUUCCUCUCCCGCUCCGUUUCUACCUCCUUUCAUCACUAAGUUCACAACUUUCUUGUUAAUUUAUAUUACCGAAGUGAUUUAUAUGCUAACUGCUCUAUCCUGUUUCUCUUCCUCUCUCACUUCCCUCCCCUCUUUUCUUCCUUCUGUAGAUAAAGGUCUGACUCCUCCAUGACUGCCUCCACUCCUCUAGUCUGCUCUCUCCUUUUCUGCCCAGCCCGAUGCAACCCCCAUUAUUUCCCAUUAUCUCCACUCUUUCAAGACGGCAUUGGCUUUGAGAAUAGUCCUCCUAUAUCACUGGGAACGGUGUCAAAUAACUCCGUCCCCCGUUUGCGUACAUUGGGCAAAGUGCAAAAGUGUUUAAGGCCUAACCAGCACAUAACUUCCUUAAGAGGGGCCCCGAAGACAUCCCCGCGUGUUUAGAGUCUCCUGAAUCUUCCCUCUUAAUGUUUACGACUCAAUCACGCGUGCCGGGCAGAGCCGUGCAUGCGUGCACGCUGGACUUGAGGUAGAGGAAAGUGGAAAGGAGAGUGAUGGGGAGAGAGAAACAUGAGCCGGCGUAGAUAUAAAGUUCAAGCCCCGGAGCUUCUGGGGUGAUUCAAUUCUCUCACAUUUGAGCUAAUGGAGGUUGUCGCCGUGUCUCUGCCCGGGCUAACGGCGGGGCUAUUUCUGGCCCCGACGAGAGCGUAACAGCUGCACAUUUUUCAGCCGACAGGCGAGGUUGGGGGAGGAAGAAGAGGAGAGACGGGAACGGGGCCGGUGGUGGUGGUGAUGGUGUUGGGGGGGGUGGGAUCUCUGUUGUUUGAGCGCACGAGGCGAUCCGCUGUUGGCUCGACGGCCGUCGACUGAUGACCUGGAAUGACGUCACGGCCUCCGAGGGCCGGCGGGCGCUCUCGGGAGUCUUACCAGGAAGAGGUGCAGCGUCGGAGUUAUUUUUGGUCCGGUUCAUCCGCUCCCACGUUCUCCAGCGGCCAACGCAGGUCUAAUUAUUUUAGCACGCUUGUAACGGGAUCUCUCUCUUCACAUCUUCCCUCCCGUCUCCUCGGCCGUCUUCUCUCCUCUGUUGUUCACUUUUGAUCUCUGCUCCCAUCUUGGGAAUCAUCUUCUCCCCCGAAACCCCCUGUUUGGUUCUCUCUGUCCUCCUCUUCUUCUUCCUUUAUCUCAUCCUCUUCCUGCCGUCUACCAAGUCUGCACCGCAUUAUUCCACCACGGAAAAGGCCUACACACAAUCCAAUCCACUCUUUAAGCCUCUCAUUAUCUGACUGCCAGGCCUACAGCUGAAGGCUGCUCCUCUCUUUCUUCUGUCCUUCCUCUUCUUCCUCAUCUUAAUUUUUUUUUUUUUUUUUUUGGAAACUCGGUGGCAGACAGACAGAGCUCUCUCCCUUUCCUCUGUCUUCACCGGUGAUCGACAAACGCCCUCACGAUCGCCCUUCAGAUAUCCCUGAGGCGUGUCAUCUCACCAGCACUGCUUUCUUUCUCUCCCUCUCCAGCCCUUUAUUGUCUCGUCUCUGCUGGUUCGAAUGCCCCAAACGCUCUUCUCUGCCCCCUAGUGGCAGAGGCAAGUCUGCACCGCAGACUCCGAAACAGCGUCUUUUAAUCUAGCUAGCUCUCUCCUGGUUGCAAAAAAACCAUUUCAUGUAUGUCAGUUACAUCGUUAAAAAAAUGAAUUUCACCCUAAGUAAAGCAAACUUUGUUUUGUGAGACUUUUUUUUGUUUUUAUUUUAACAUGUGUGGACGCAAACACAUGGAGAACAUGUUUAUCGAGGCCGGGAAGAAAUGUAAUUGUAUCCUGCGGAGUAUGUUGUAUUCCUGACCCUGCGUGUUGUGGGAGGUGCUGUGUGGCUGUCUCUUGGGGAGGUUUUCUUCUGAGAAAAAUCAAAGGUUUUUUUGGGGCAGAGAGAAGAGGAGGGGUGGAAGAGGGUUCGGUUAGCCUCAGAUUGAGCACCGUGUGGCUGGGGAGAAAAAAAAAUUAAAAAAUGAGGAGGGAAGGCGCUUGCUGCGGGAGAAAGCUCGGGAGAACAGACUUAUCUGGCGUGUUAAGCCCAGCCAAAUAUCCACAUGUAUCACUACAGAUAGUCUGCGUUCCCCUAAAGCUUUCUUUUAAAGGUACUCCUUCCCCAACCCUGAGCCAAGGAUGGACUGCGUUCUGCAAGCCUGAUAAGCAGGGUGGAUAGUGUAGACUUGAAUGUUCCUUUAAAACUCAUAACAGGAAUGGAGGUGCUAAAAUCCACGUGUUUGUAACUGGACAUCUGUUUCACUAUAGUCGCUGUUCAUCCAUCCAGUCAAACGGAUUAGGUAGACUUUUUCUGUUCUUUUACAGCAAAGCCACACAGACACCUAACAUAAGACCAAACGGCAUUAAAAUGUUUUGUUUUAUAUGUGUUUUGAACUGUCGUAGUCAUAGUCGCACAUUAACUUUGAAAUGACGACUGAGCUUCUUACUUUUGUUUUGUUUAGUUUGGAGGGUUUUUUUCUAUUAUUUCAAAGCUUGUGAUAAUUCAAGAGCUCUAACGACUUUCCUCGACUGUGUAUAAUGUGUUGUAAAGAGAACAUAAAUAAAAAUAAAAGCCGCAAGCACAGCUGUUGUCUGCUGAGGGCAAAGUAAACCCAG